AUGGCAUCCACCUACCCAAUUCUCCCAGAGAAGCUUCUCCUCAUCUCUCUAAAGAUGUACUUCACUCCAGACCGGACACUCAGCUAUCUGCGCGACCUCCUCAACCCAACCAACGAAAUCGUUCACCCCGCAAACCGAGACAAACUCCUCCUUGCUUUAAUCCCAGACUUCCUAACCAUCUGGCCCUGCGCCCAAAUUCUCAAAGAGUAUGAAACCAACCUAACCAACACCGGAACCCCUCAAUCCCAACCCCCCUUCCUACUCGGCGCACAAGACUGCUUCUGGGAAUCCCAAGGCGCAUACACCGGUGAAGUCUCACCGGCCUCAAUCCGCGCACUGGGCUGUUCAAUCGUCGAACUAGGCCACGCCGAGCGCCGCGCCAUCUUCAACGAAACAGAUUCCCAAACGGCCCGAAAAGCAGCCGCAACAUGCGCCCAGCAUAUGGUUCCGCUCGUCUGUAUCGGCGAAGUGACAGCCCCCGGCCCAAUCGCCUCCCAAGCUGUCGGCCAGGCCGUGACGGAGUGCGCGGUGCUAGUGCGCGCGGUACUAGAUGCUAUCCCGGAUGACGCGCCCGUUGUCUUUGCUUACGAGCCUGUCUGGGCUAUUGGCCAGCCGAAGCCUGCGGGGGUUGAUCAUGUUGCAGCAGUUGUGCAGGGUAUCCGGGCUGUGAUUGGUGUUCGGCCUGGUACGGUGCGUGUCUUGUAUGGUGGCAGUGCGGGGCCUGGUCUUUGGGGGGCUGGUGGGCUUGGUCGCACUGUUGAUGGAAUGUUUUUGGGCAGGUUUGCGCAUGAAAUUGAUGGUGUGCGGGAGGUUGUUCGUGAGGUGGAGGAGACGCUAGCUCUGGUGUGA